AUGUUUGCGAUAUACAUACUCGCCAUUCUAGCAGCUGUGUAUGCCAUCUUGACGAGGUUGCCAGCAAUUCGGAAAAAGCUUCAACAGAUCCAACUCGUUCCUGAACAACAGCACGUCCCUAUCACCAGCGAAGACGCCUACAUUCUCCGAGCCAAAACCCUCAAAAGCGACCAUGCCACCGUAAUAAGUUUCCAGACCUUGAUCGAAACCGAUGGUGCAGGAAGCUGGCCACCGCGUGCAGAACAUGGUCCUCAAUGGCCGAGCCCGCUACGUCCGUACCACGAAAUCUACCGCACUCUAUGCUCGAGUCUGCCCUGCACUGCGAAUCUGGAUGACGAUGAAGCCAACGUCUGUCGAUGCACAGAGUUUCGCAGCCGCAUGGCGAAACUCCUUCGAUCUCACAUUGACCUCACUGCGGUAGACAGCGUUCUUAGAGGGUCGACUCAGGAAACCGAGAUGUCUCCUGCAGCCUGGAAUGGGUUCUUAUCCUGCAUUGCUUACUCUCGCCAUGCCUUUCGGUGGGCCACAAUUCCAAUUGUCAAGGUCACGCAAGCGACUAAAUUCAUUGAGCUCCCGCCAGAGCUAGAAGUGGCGUGGGGAUUUCUCUGUGAUCGAUACCAGAUUCACUCUCCGGGAGGGUGCAUCAUGUCCAAUCACUUUGGUAAUUUUACCGACACGGGAGAACUGGUCUAUAAAAUAAACGAAGGCAUGCCGGACAUUGUGCAACGCACCGAGUAUAAUUUUAUGUAUUCCUUUGUGAUGAUGGAAAAGCUGUCUUUCCCCAUAUACCUCCACAUCGUGGAAUCCAUCACGCUUUUCGACAAAGGCGAGAAAGCACAAUGCUUCUACCAGACCUUCAUCACGGCCAAAGUCAGCGAAAGGGUCUGGUUGAAUCAUGUUCAAGGGUUUCAGGGAUGGGCAGCAGGGAGAAUCGAACACGGAGAAUAUGUCCAAUAUGACGGCGUGCAGGGUGGCCAAACCCUGAUGAUGCAGGUCGUCGAUGCUUUCCUUGGGAUGGACGCCUUUCUUACGAAAGAGGCUUCGCACCGGAAUGUCCCAUACUACCAGCGGGAAUUCGUGGAAACCAUCCGACGCUAUGCCUUCCGCCACCGAGCUCUCAAGGCAGGAGACCAGGAUAUUGAACAGAAUAUGGAAAGCAUUUCUCGGAUAGUGCAGAUAUUCAGGAUCUCGCAUCGCAGGACGGCUCGCAAGUACUUAGGAGCUGAUGCCCCCGAACGAAAGUUUAUGACAUCUGGGGAAUCCGUCUUCCAGGAUUUCAAGGGUGAAGCGGCCAGGAAAGAUCCACUAGAUCAUGUUGAUUCUCUCCUAACGAAGCGGUUAAACGAGACGAAGCGGUCAUCACGGUUAUGUGCUGAGAGGAAAGAACCAAUUGGGCCAAGAGACGACGGUGGAUGA